UGUGAUGGGCGGACAUGUCAAGUCAUUGAGUUCCCGGCUGUGUAUCUCCUCAUGAGUCCGGGCAUAGAGUGACUGAGGGGGACAUUCGGGGGGCUCUCUGUCACCAUGGAUAAGGCGUCUGUAGUGAAGGCUGGAGCGGUGGCCAGUGCCAGUAUGUGUGUUGUGGUGGCCGGAGUGGUGCUGGCCCAGUAUAUAUUCACUGUGAAGAAGAAGACUGGCAGGAAGACUAAGAUCAUAGAGAUGAUGCCAGAAUUUCAGAAGAAAACCGUCCAUAUAAAGGAUCCAGCAAAAGUGGAAGAAAUAAUAUGUGGACUAAUAAAAGGAGGUGCUGCUAGGCUUCAGAUCAUAACAGAUUUUGAUAUGACCUUAAGCCGAUUUUCCCAUAAUGGAAAGAGGUGUCCCACAUGCCAUAAUGUUAUUGAUAACUGCAAAUAUGUAUCGGACGAAUGUCGAAAAAAGCUUUAUGAACUUAAAGACAAGUACUAUGCAAUUGAAAUUGACCCGGACCUUACAAUUAAAGAAAAAUAUCCAUACAUGAUUGAAUGGUAUACAAAAUCACACGCAUUAUUAAUUGAACAGGCUUUUCAGAAGGACAACUUGACAGAAGUUGUAAGGGAAUCUGACAUUAUGCUCAAGGAAGGUUAUGAAACCUUCUUUGAUAAGCUACAUGAACACGUCAUACCGGUGUUCAUUUUUUCAGCAGGACUUGGGGAUGUAUUGGAAGAAGCAAUACGUCAAGCUGGAGUCUACUACCCAAACGUCAAAGUCGUUUCCAACUUUAUGGACUUCGAUGAAAAUGGAGUUAUAAAGGGAUUCAAAGGUGAAUUAAUACAUGUUUACAACAAACAUGACGGUGCCUUGAAGAGAACAGAAUACUUCAAUCAGCUGAAAGAUAGCAGUAACAUCAUUCUCCUGGGAGACUCGCUGGGUGAUUUAACGAUGGCUGAUGGUGUAUCAAAUGUGGAAAAUAUCCUCAAAAUAGGAUACCUUAAUGAUAAGGUAGAGGAGUUAUUAGAGAAAUACAUGAACUCCUAUGACAUUGUUUUAGUGAAGGACGAAUCUCUGGAUGUGGCCAACUCCAUCCUGCAGAAGAUCCUGUGAGCUUAACUGGAUCUCCAACCCUCACUACUGACCAGCUGUGCUCUCGGAGCAGAGGGAGAUUUAUUUUAUUUUUGUUAAUGUAAAAAUAUUUAAUAGAAACAUUUUAGAAUUUCAAAGCACCUUACUUUCAGCAUUGCGCUGCUUUCCUCCACAAUUUUAUUAUUUUUGUACUCCACAAUGCCCAUGGCCUUCAGCUGAGAUGGGAAGCCUGUGGGCAAGCGAGGUUCACCACAGAUCUAGAAUGGCAUUCAUUCGGUCUGUGGAAAUACUAGAUGGUAACUGUUUUAUUUUCAUAUUCAGUUUUAGCUGUUGUAUUUUGUACAAGCAAAUUUUCCAAAGGCCAAAUAAUGUGCAUGUUCUGAAGUGCUGUUUGUACAGUUUUGUAUUCGUUAAAAUGUUCCACUAUAAAGUAUGCCACUUAAAAAUGU